CUCCGCCACAGCUCACACUACAAGCUCAAGGAGAAGCUGUCGGGCCUCGGAGCUAACCCCGGGGCAGAUGCCACCGCGGCCUACCAGGAGCUGUGCCGUCAGCGCAUGGCCACACGACCACCGGACCGCCCCGAGGGCCCACAUGCGUCCCGCAUCAACAGCGUCUCAUCCCAAAUCAGCGAUGGCCCAAUGCCCAGCCCUUCUGCACGGAGCAGCACCUCGUCCUGGUCUGAGGAGCCCGUCCAAUCCAACAUGGAUAUCUCCACCGGCCACAUGAUCCUGUCCUACAUGGAGGACCACCUCAAGAACAGGAACCGGCUGCAGAGUGAGUGGGAGGCGCUGUGUGCCUACCAGGCGGAGCCCAGCAGCUCGCUCGUGGCCCAGACGGAGGAGAACAUGCCCAAGAACCGCUGCCCGGCCGUGCUGACCUAUGACCACUCCAGGAUCCUGCUGAAAUCAGAAAACAGCCACAGCAACUCGGACUACAUCAACGCCAGCCCCAUCAUGGAUCACGACCCCAGGAACCCCGCGUAUAUUGCCACUCAAGGACCCCUUCCUGCGACCGUGGCUGACUUCUGGCAGAUGGUGUGGGAGAGCGGCUGCGUGGUCAUUGUCAUGCUCACGCCCCUCACGGAGAACGGCGUCCGGCAGUGCUACCACUACUGGCCUGACGAAGGCUCCAACCUGUACCACGUCUACGAGGUAAAUCUGGUCUCUGAGCACAUCUGGUGUGAGGACUUCCUGGUGAGGAGCUUUUACCUGAAGAACCUGCAAACCAGCCAGACGCGCACCGUGACCCAGUUCCACUUCCUGAGCUGGUAUGACCAGGGAGUCCCCUCCUCGGCGAGAUCACUCCUGGAUUUCCGCAGAAAAGUUAACAAGUGCUACAGGGGCCGCUCUUGUCCGAUAAUCGUUCACUGCAGUGAUGGGGUGGGGCAUGUCAUGGAUUAUCUCGUGCUCCAAACUCAGCCCAAUUUGUGGUUUGUUGCAGGUGCUAAAGAGAUUGAUAUCGCGGCGACCCUGGAGCACUUGAGGGACCAGAGACCAGGCAUGGUCCAGACAAAGGAGCAGUUUGAGUUCGUGCUGACAGCGGUGGCCGAGGAGGUCAACGCCAUCCUCAAGGCCCUUCCCCAGUGAGGACACGACCUGAGCCUCGGAGGAGCCCACGCCUGCGAACGCUGCUGGGAAUCAGGACGUGACUUUGUGUGUCUUCUGUUGUAAUGCAUAGUAAUAGGGUCCUUAGAACUCCUGUAGUCGGUACUGUUUAGCAGUUAAAAAUGUGUAUUUUUGUUUAACCAAAUAAUAAUCAAGAGAGAUUUGUGGAAACAUUCGGUUAUGGGGGGGGGAAUUGGUUCAUCUAUUUUUAUUUUCUUGAAAAACAUUACUUUCCUUAAAGCACACAUUCACUUUCUUAAUUGCAAACAAUGUCAAAUUAAUGAUGCAGUAAUUCAUACAUUCUAUAUGGCCUCCAAGAAGAGAAUUUGCUUGUAAUCCGAACUUUCUGGAAGGUGGAUUAGUCAUGCAGGGAGAGGCCCCAGAGGAAGCUGUCAAGGCACUAAGUGAGGGCCACCGGGUGUAGAAAUCACAUUUGGCAUUUGUCUUUAAGACAAUUUAUCAUCGGGAGAAACCACUGGGACAGAUCAGUUCACAUCCUGCAGCUUUGGGGCAAAUAAUAAGAAAAUCAUCACAGCCUCUCUGAACUGAUGCUGUCGACACACUCCCCUGAGCUCCACGGAUGGCCACGUCAACCACACCCGCUGCCCCGAGGACAGCGCAGGGACUUCUGAGGCCAGGUGCCUCACAUGACCUCCUCACCUUUGCAAAGUUGUAGAUGAGCCCCAACCUCGAAACGCGUUCUUUAAUGUUAAAAUAUUGACUUCCACAUUCCAGAAACGGAUGCCCUAAGGGACACUUUCUGCGAGACAGCCAGAGUCGGGAAAAACCAAGCUGGGCAUUGAGCAGGCUCCAGGUCCCCAGGGGCACACAGACCCCGUCAGGCAUCCGUGGUCCCCUCCAGGGAGUGCCCCGGGCCCCACCGGCACCCUGGAGAGGACCACGGAUCCUUCCGUUCCUGGGGAGAAGAAAAUGUUUGCUUCAUCUGGGUGCGAUCGUAGCACCCGGGAGCAAGGUGAGAGUGCAGCCGUGUCCUGCAGCCUCCUCCUGGGACAUCAGGCUCCUGGACCAUUCAAUGAGCCACUUGUUUUGACAUCAUGUAGCAGGAUUUGCCAAAAUAACAUGUGAGCAUCAGAUUUAGCACCACCCCCCGGAAACAGGAAAGUCCUCGUCAUUGAACGCAGAGCGAGAACCCAGGAAGGCGUGUUGGCGUCCCUGUGCGCCGCAGGUCUCAUCUGCAGGGCUCAGGGUGAGAACAAGCCUUUCCAGCCUAAGUAGACGCUACGGCUAAAAGGCAGCGUGACAGGGAGAGUGGCCUGCCCGAUGGGGACAAAGAUGCCAAAAUACCGUUUAUGUCUUUAAAUGGUAUCGUAACGUGUGUCUGCUUUAAUACACCGAUCAUUUCUUUUCCAAGAUUGUUUCUCUGUAUCUGAAUUUAAGCAAUUAACAGAAACAAAUUUAUCUGAAUAUAAGAAGUAUAUACCUACAUAUAAUUUCUCACUCCUUAUGUUUCGAGAGAAAUCCUCCAGCGUGAGAUAUACAGACGUAUUUCAUCGUGUCGUAUUAAACUUCUGACUUCACA